ACCGUACAGCCAUAGGUUAAUUGUUUGAAGUAGCUGCUUUAAAUAAUUAUAAUAUCUUUGGAUGUAUUCUUAGCUUUUGGGGCAUGGCUGUUGCAUAUCUCAGAGAUACUGCAGGUUCAGUUUCAGAUCCCUAUCAUAAAGCAAAUACCACAGGAAAGCAAGUCACAUAAAAUUUGGAGUUUUCCAGGGCAUUUAAAAGUUACGUUUAUACUAUGCUGUUGUCUAUUAAGUGUGCAAUAGCAUUAUGUCUAAAAAAUCUAUAUACCUUAAUUAAAAAUACUUUAUUGCUAAAAUAUGCUAGUGAUCAUUUGAGCCUUCAGCACAUAUUGAUCUUUAUGAUGGUGGAGGAUCUUGCCUCAAUGUGGAUGACUGCUGACUGAUCAAGGUGGUGGUUGCUGAAGGUUAGGAAGGCUCAAAGUCAUCCACGACUUUGGAAUCAACUUCUUCCAAACUCCUGUUAAUGUUGAUAACUUGACCUUCUCCCAUGAAUUACGAACCUUUAUGCAGAAUGGUCCUGAACAAUGGGGCAAGCUGUACCCCAUUGCUAAUGGAAAUAACCAGUCCCCGAUUGAUAUUAAAACCAGCGAAGUCAAACAUGACACUUCUCUGAAACCUCUUAGUGUCUCCUACAACCCAGCCACAGCCAAAGAAAUUAUCAAUGUGGGACAUUCCUUCCAUGUAAUUUUUGAAGACAACGAUAACCAAUCAGUGCUGAAAGGUGGUCCUCUCCCCGACAACUAUAGGCUCCACCAGUUCCAUUUUCACUGGGGCAGUAAAAACGAGUAUGGUUCAGAACACACAGUGGAUGGAGUCAAAUAUUCUGGUGAGUUUCACAUAGUUCACUGGAAUUCUGCAAAGUACUCCAGCAUUGCUGAAGCUAUCUCAAAGGCUGAUGGUUUGGCAAUUAUUGGUGUUUUGUUGAAGGUUGGUGAGGCAAACCCAAAGCUGCAGAAAGUACUUGAUGCCCUCCAUGCAAUUAAAACCAAGGACAAACGAGCCCCAUUCACAAAUUUUGACCCGUCUACUCUUCUUCCUUCAUCCCUGGAUUUCUGGACCUACUUUGGCUCUCUAACACAUCCUCCUCUUUAUGAGAGUGUAACCUGGAUCAUCUUUAAGGAGAGCAUCAGUGUCAGCUCAGAGCAGCUGGCACAAUUCCGCAGUCUUCUAUCAAAUGUUGAAGGAGAUAACCCUGUCCCCAUUCAGCACAACAACCGCCCAACCCAACCUGUGAAGGGCAGAACAGUGAGAGCUUCAUUUUGAUGAGUCAGAGAAAAAACUUGUCCUUCCUCAAGAACACAGCCCUGCUUCUCACAUAAUCCAGUAAAAUAAUAAUUUUUGAAGAAAUAAAUGUAUUUCCAUAUUAGCAACACAGCAUGCCUUCAAAUCAAUCUAUAAAACUAAAAAACUUAAAUUUUAGUUCUUACUGCUUAAUUCAAAUAAUAAUCAGUAAGCUAGAAAAUAGUAAUCUGUGAGCAUAAGCUUAUGCUUAAAUUCAAGUUUAGUUUGUGCAAUUCUUUAAAAUUACAACUAAGUGAUUUGUAUGUCUAUUUUUUUCAGUUGAUUUGAACCAAUAAAAUAAUUUUAUCUUUCUUUC